AUGCGUCUGGAGCCUGGGCCAACAAGGACUACAUCUCCCAGAGGGCAGCGCGCCGAUGCGCACGCGCUCACGGACCGUUUCCCUCACCACCACCCCCCCCGACACAUACAUGUGCCCCUCAAACCUCCGGCCGUUGACAUCCUCCGUGUGGGGAGGUGGUGGGUACGGAGAGGACGGAACGGCAGCCUAAAGUCGAAGUGGCUGGAGCUUGAAGGUGUUCCGCGACUUGUGAGCGGUUCAAACGUGGAUUGCUGUGGAGGAUUUGCCAGUUUGGAUUACGGCAAGAUCGACAUUUCAAUAAUGGCCAAUGUUUUUAGCUACUUCGAUUGGACGGACGUGAAGUUCAAUAUUGCUAUCUUGGCUGUUGCUUUCAACCCGCUGUUCUGGAAUAUUGUAGGGCGGUGGGAACACAGAACAAGAUCUCUCACUAAGUUGUUUGGUUCUCCUUUCACUGCGUGUUACUCUGUUGCAGUCAUAAUUCUCCUUCUGAACUUCUACAGGAGUUACAGUUUUACUGAAGCAAUGAAGAUUCAGCCUAAGGUUCAAGUCCUUGACAGUGCUGCAGCAUUUUACAUAGGCCUUGGCCUGUCACUACUUGGAACCAUCCUUGUCCUGAGCAGCUUCUUUGCACUGGGAUUCAUUGGUACAUUUUUAGGAGACUAUUUUGGAGUCUUAAUGGAGGCUAAGGUACUGACCUUUCCUUUCAAUAUCAUGGAGAAUCCUAUGUAUUGGGGGAGCACAUUAGUCUACUUGGGCUGGGCUGUCAUGAACGCUAGUCCUACCGGACUGGUCCUUACUGCUUGGGUAGCAGCUGUGUACAAGGUUGCAAUUCUGAUUGAAAGCUGGCAAGAUUGGAACCGUUCAUAGAAAUUGGAUUUGUCAUUUCUAUUAAUCUACUCUGCAGGCUUGCAGCAAGACAGUGCAUAUUGUUAUGAAUCCUUGCAGGGCACAGCAUAAAAGACCACAUCACCUACUGAAUUCUGUUAUUUUUACAUUAGAACACAGUACUGAUCAAAAAUAUUGCACAGUUAGCAUUUCCGAUCAUUUUAUUUUGUAAACUCUUGCCUGCUAUUGACUUUUGUGCAAACCUGCUUGAUAUAAAAAUAUUACAGCACUGCCAAGAUGUGCUCUAACGGAGCGUAAUUUGAACGAUGAUAUCUCAAAUAUAGAUCAAAUUGUAUUCUGUAUUAAUGGAUGAGAAAAAUAUGUAUUUUCGUAUACAAUAGAAUAUGUUUCCAGUGUCUUUGUCUGAGCCAUCACCAUGAAAAUCAUUUUGUAGCCAUGUAUUCUGGAGAGUUCCAAAUUCAAUUCCUGGCCUGCACUGAUUUAGUUGAUAUCAGUGGAUUAUACUUGGUGUCGGUGCCUCUCAGCCGAGGUGGGCAAAAUCACUUUGGGCUCUGGUUCCCUGCUUACAAUCAAUGACUCUCUGAAAUAUGAACAAGUAUCGUUUUGAGUGAGGACCAGAUUUAAUGGCUCUUACAGUCAAAUUGUCUGCUGAAAUGGAAUGUUUUGGCUUACAAAUGAAGAAUAUCUGUUUGAACAAUGUAUUGUAAGAGCCUUUGCAAAAUGGAUGAAAGGGAAAAACAUUUAAACAGUAAGGCGAGAAAAAGGAUUUCUGCUGUGUGUAGUAACAUUGUAAAACAGCUUUUUGGUGUACAUGCAUACAUUGCAGUUAGUUAUGAAAAACAGGAAUCCUUUCCAGUAGUAUUAUAUAAGAUUUAAAUGGAGGUAUUGUGUUUUUUACUCUGACUGAUAGUUGAAGCAGGCAGUGUCCUUUAAAUGUAUGGGCUAAGCCCCAGUUAUGUCAUUACAGUCUAGGACUUAUUUUUACCCAAGGGUAAAGGGCAAAGAGUAGUGGUGGCUUCUCCCCAAAACCAAACUUUACAGAGUCCAGAUCCAGGGCUAAAAGUGACUGUGGUGACUCUACACCUUUAAUGUUUUCCAUGUUUCCCAGUGAACCAACUGAAGCAGGAUUGAUGCUCCAAGCUGUACAGGGAAACCUGACAUCUCAGGCCUGAGGUUGACUCACUACCCAUCACAAUCCCCUCCCUAAAUCUGCCGAAGCACUUGGAGACGGUAGGGAAGGCAGAUGCUGGAAACUAGAAAUCAAUAAAUGUGGAAAUGGAAAAGACACCUUGUCCUGAUGAAGGGUUUUGGCCCAAAACAUUGACUUUACUGCUCCUCGGAAGCUGUCCGACCAGCUGUGCUUUUCCAGCUCCACAUUUACUGCCAAUGCACUUGCCAGUGCUCCAGUUUCUUCAUAGCAGCCUCUGAGCUGCCUGAUUUUAACAGGGACCUCUGUAAGCAAUAUGAGAUAAUCAGAUCUUGAAACUAGAUUAUAGCCAAGAUGCCCAAAGGUUUGAGAAGAUUUUUGUUUUUAGAGUAAAUGAGAUAUUCUCGGUGUAUUAGUAAUCAGUUGUAUGCCACCUGUGUCACAUCAGUUCAUCAGCACAACACAAAAUUUUAAAAUGAUUUUCAUCUUCCAAAAACAUUUCUUGCUUUCUGGCAAUACAACAGGCUGCUGGAGUGAUGUGGGAAAGGAGUCUAACUUCAGUGCCCUGCUCUUUUUAAAAAAAAAUUGUGGAGGUCAGUGCGACCAGUCCAAAACACUUUUUUUUGCUGCAGUUUCUGAUGUUUACUUGCAACUGAUUAUAUAGCCUUUUAAAUUGUGUGUGUUUUUUUCUUUUGAAAGGAUAAGGGUAAUUUGUACAAGAAUAAUUGUUGCUCUAUAUUUUAUUUGGACCAUUUAUUUCACAUGGUGAGUCCAACCCUGCCUUUGCUACUCUUCAGUGUGGUACAGGGACAGCAGUGCUACGUAACAGUAGACACUGCCACUUCAGCUAGCCAUCAUUAGCAAACUCAAAUCAAACUAAAUGUAAAAGGACAAAUGUAAAAACCAAAAGAACUGCAGAUGCUAGAAACCCGAAACAAGAACAGAAAUUGCUGGAAAAGCUCAGCAGCGUCUGUGGAGAGAAAUCAGUUAACGUUUUGGGUCCAGUGACCGUUCCUUAGAACAGGACAAAUGUUCCCUCUUCCCAUCAAAGGGGAAGAAAUGUUUCAGUUAUUGCUAUCACACUAAAAAAAGUUGGAGAGAAUUUACUGUAAUUUGAAUAAUCUCAAAUCCUCUCCUACCUUAACAUGAGCCAUACCUUAGGGCUUCAGAUUGGUAUGACAGGUCGGCACAACAUCGAGGGCCGAAGGGCCUGUACUGUGCUGUAAUGUUCUAUGUUCUAAGAUCUGUUUGAGAGGAGGAAAGCUGAAGAAAACCACACUUGACCCUGAGUGACCACUAAUUGAACUCUGAAAGCAAGGAAAUAAUUACAGACUGCUAACUAUGUUACAAAAGCAAAUUUUCUGUGCAAUUUUGAAUUUGAAAUUGGUGGCACAGUAAAACAUUUCCUACUGUGUUCCUUAUUACUGUGUUUGUGAUUUGUUGCCUCACACAACAGUGUAAUUGUUUGGUUACCAUUCAACUGACUUAUAAAGUUAAGUAUUAGGGCUAUCCAGAAGGGAAAGUAGUCAUUGCAGCAGAAUAAGGUGGCAUUGCACAUUGAGGCCAUGAAGUCCUGACGUAUCUGACUCAGCAGGCAUUACUAAACACGCUGAAAUUUCCUUGAAAUAAUAAAGCCUGCACCCCAACUAACCCCACUGCUACCACCAUGUGCACCUGGUAACAGCUAACACCCAACACCUAGCAGCUCUGGAGCUGGCAUUCUCCUCCGUGAUCUGACACAGGAUCCUAAGCCCAACAUCCCCAAGGCCUGCACCCUUCCCCCCCCGCCCCCAAACCAGAAUAUCCACUUGCACUGAACUGAUCCCAGCCUGACAAAUGCUCCUGUUCAAUGCUUAAGCAUUCAUCCACUUACCUUGCAACUUGCAUCCCGUACCCUUCACUUACAUGACAUCUUACCCAACCCUACCCAUCUACUAUCGUACCCCCUACUUCAUCAUUCAUCUGGCACCCUAUCUCCCUGACCUAAAAGCCAUGCUACCUCCCCAACCUACCUGGCACCCUAAUCCCCUCUCUGCCACCACCAUUUCUCUCUCACAGUUACCUUCUCUCAGCAGCUUUUAAGUUGGCUACAGGAUCUUUAAAACAUAGAACAUGGCACUUAUUGUUAAAAAAAGUGGCCGGGUUUCCUCCUUGAUCCUCUCUGUUCCUAUCUUUGUGGAUUCCUGGAUUUGUCUGUGUCACUUUAAGAGCGGAGUCUCCUUGCCAUGAAAUUGGGACGGAAACCUUCUUUAAAACAGAAGUGCCCUGUAGCUAUUGCAUAUUCCAGUGACAGCAAACAAAGUUCCAUGUCGCCGUUCCAGCUAAUUAUAUUCCCAUCAAUCUAUUCUCAAACACCAACAAAAUGACGCAAGUUGUCCUCAACAGAUCUGUUAUGCUGCUCAUAUUGACAUUUUCAACAAUGCUCAGUUUGGGUUCAUGAUGAGUGCUUCACUCCAGCCCUUUUUACAGAUUUGGACUAUAGGUUUUUUUAUCAGAAAAGAAAUGAAUUCCAGAGGUCAUGUUGACAGCAGCUUCCCUUCACAGCAAGGCAGCAGUUAAGCCUGAAAAUUGGAGUACUUCCACUCACCAAAGUCAUCUGUAGCAUAAUGGAAAAUGAUUGACAUUGUUGGAGUUGUGCAACCAAUGGAACCAAUCAGUAGGUAACCUGUAAUUGAAAUCAGUUUCAUUCAUUUGCAGAUGUGGGUUUGCUGGCUAGGCCAGCAUUUAUUCCUACCCCUAAUUACCCAGAAAGCAGCUAAGAGUCAAUCACAUCACACUGGAUCUGGAGUCACAUGUAAAUCAGAUCAGGUAAAGAUAACUGAUUUCUUUCCAUUCAGGAGUAAGAGAUAAUGGGAACUGCACAUGCUGGAGAAUCUGAGGUAACAAAGUGUGGAGCUGGAUGAACACAGCAGG